UACGUAUUUUGUUGUUUAUCUUGCUUCCUUGUGCCUUAUGGACGCAAUUGGAGAGAAUCUUACCCACGGGGGGAACUGCCAGUGUUGGGGCCGGCAAGAAUCCUUCGUCGUGGCCUUCUGGCCGGGUGAGUCACAGCAGCUCCCAUAAAUACCCCCCCGUUUUCAUGGUAACGAAAUUAAUAUUCCACUCCUCCCCUUAUCCAAUUCGUGAGACUCGAAUCAACAGGGCUUGAUUCAUCGCAAUGGACCAUCUGAAGAAGACUUUCGCCCAGUGCCAGCAGGAGGGCCGGCCGGCGCUGGUGACCUAUGUCACGGCCGGCUUUCCCACUGCUGCGGAAACCCCAGACAUCAUGCUCGCAAUGCAGAACGGAGGAGCAGAUGUCAUUGAACUCGGACUUCCCUUCACAGACCCCAUCGCCGACGGCCCGACGAUACAAAUGUCAAAUCUCAAAGCACUUGAAAACGGCGUCACAAUAUCCUCCAUGUUGCAGAUGGUGAAGGAUGCCCGUCAAAGAGGGCUGCAUGUUCCUGUUCUCCUCAUGGGCUACUACAACCCAAUCAUGCGCUACGGAGACGCUGAACUCCUCACUGCGAGCAGGGCGGCCGGGGUGAACGGCUUCAUCAUCGUCGAUCUACCUCCAGAGGAGGCUGUUCGCUUCCGAAAUCAGUGCAGCAAUGCUGGUCUCUCCUACGUCCCGUUGAUUGCCCCCUCUACCACAGAAGACCGCAUGAAGACGCUCUGCGAAAUAGCCGACUCCUUCAUCUAUCUUGUCUCCCGAAUGGGCGUUACCGGCGCCACCGGCACUCUAAGCCAUGACCUUCCGGAGCUAAUGAAGCGGGUGAAGCACCUCUCUGGCGGGGUGCCGGUAGCUGUUGGUUUUGGCAUCAGCACCCGUGAACAUUUCCUCAGUGUGACUUCUGUUUCAGACGGCGCAGUCAUCGGCAGCGAGAUUAUUACCCAGUUAGCGAAUGCCCCUGCAGGCCAGGGAGCUGCUGUCAUCCAGAACUACUGCUUCCAGAUCACCAGUCGAACUGUCCAAACCGAGCCUCACACGAUACCAACCACCAUCGAACCCACUUCAACACCAUCGCAUUCCUCCACUCCAGAUCAACCAACUCAAGCCCCCAAGCCCGGUCGCUUUGGCACCUACGGCGGGCAAUACGUCCCUGAAGCCCUAACAACCUGCCUCAACGAGCUCGAGGCUGGAUUCAACGAGGCCAUAGCGGAUCCAGCCUUCUGGGCGGAAUACCGCUCCUUCUAUCCUUACAUGGGCCGGCCCUCAUCUCUUCACCAGGCCCCCCGUCUGACCUCUUACGCCGACGGCGCCACCAUCUGGCUCAAACGCGAAGACCUCAACCACACCGGCUCACACAAGAUCAAUAACGCUCUUGGUCAAAUCCUCCUAGCACGCCGGCUCGGCAAAACCGAGAUCAUCGCCGAAACAGGUGCCGGGCAGCACGGUGUCGCGACGGCAACCGUGUGCGCCAAGUUCGGCAUGAAAUGCACCGUCUACAUGGGCUCUGAAGACGUGCGCCGGCAGGCCCUCAAUGUCUUCCGUAUGCGCCUUCUCGGGGCCACAGUUGUUCCUGUUGAAUCCGGCUCUCGCACGCUCCGCGACGCCGUCAAUGAAGCCUUCCGAGCCUGGAUCGUCCGCCUCGACACGACACACUACAUUAUCGGCUCAGCCAUCGGCCCACACCCCUUCCCCACCAUUGUCCGCACCUUCCAAUCCAUCAUCGGCGAGGAAACCAAAUCCCAAUUGCAGCAAGAAACCGGUCACCUCCCCGAUGCCGUCAUCUCAUGCGUCGGAGGUGGUUCCAACGCCGUGGGCAUGUUCUAUCCCUUCUCAGAAGAUCCUUCCGUCCAACUCAUCGGCGUAGAAGCCGGUGGUGAUGGCAGUACAGUCAGGCACUCGGCCACGCUAUCUGCAGGCUCAGUAGGCGUGCUACACGGGGUCCGGACGUACGUACUCCAGGACCAACACGGGCAGAUCUCUAACACGCAUUCCGUGUCCGCAGGGCUGGAUUACCCCGGAGUUGGGCCGGAACUGGCGCAUUGGAAGGAUGCGAACCGGGCGCGGUUCAUCUCUGCUACAGAUGCGGAGGCCCUCGAGGGAUUCCGGUUAUUGAGUCAAUUGGAGGGCAUCAUCCCGGCGCUGGAGACGUCGCAUGCGGUUUCGGGAGCGGUGAGGAUCGCCCGGGAGUUAGGCAAGGGGAAGCAUGUGGUGCUGUGCUUGAGUGGACGGGGCGAUAAGGAUGUACAUACAGUGAUGGAGGUGAUGAAGGAUUUGCAGUAGUUGAAUGGUGUAUAUGUCUGCCAAAGAAGGGGAAGACAAAAAUCAGAUGGUAGCAUAUCCAAUUCUCAGGGAGAAUGAACACAACCACUGGAAUAACGACUUACUAGUUCAUUAUAAGUGUAAACACAAUCAAUCAACCCAAUCAAGUAUGAGAAUCCGAGGAAGAAGCUCCCUCAUUCUCAGAAGUAGAUGAUAUGAAUACUCUGAGCAAUCAC